GUGAUUAUAUAACUUUUUCUCAAAUAUCAAAAUCAUCUAAAAUAUCAUCUGGCCCCUAGAAAAUCGGUUUUAUUGUGUAAGCUAAAAUUAUCGUAUUUAUUAAAAGGUGAUAUUUAUAGGAAUUAUAGUUGAUUGGUUUGUGAGUCGUUACACAUGUAUGUAGAUGAGUGUUUUUGUUCGAAAAAAAGAAAUCUAAAAUAAUGUACAUUGGGGAGAGGAGUAUUAGUAUUAUUUAGAUAAACCAAAUUUGGGAAGAAGGGAUUUUAAUCAUUGAUUCAGAUUCCCUUCAUUGGUGCGCGUGCCACCGCAUAAAUCACCCAACACGUUCCAAAGUCUAGUACCAGCAACACCACGUGGCGUUCAUACACAACUAUACGAAUACGAGUGUCGAGACAUCAAAACACCAAUAGCGUUUACGUUAGUGGUUACUCUAUUUUGCGUUCGAACGCAAUUCAUCAUUCUAAUCACAAUUUUAUACUAAUAUUUGCUGCAGCACUCCUCAAAGUGCUGUUAAAAGAAAAGAAAACUCCUCGAAGUACCAUUAUUAAUGAAUACUCCGUAGUAGAUUACAAAAAAGAACUUGACACGACGCCGUUUUGAACUCAUUAUAUCUUUGAGAGAGAGAGGGAGAGCCGCACAGGAGUGAAAGCUUUUCAAAUAUUUGAAAUAAUAAAACAGAGCCGAUCAAUUUUAAAAGCAAAGACACGAGGAGGAGGAGGAAGGAAACAAAACUCGAGAUCCAAUCAUUCUCCGACUAAUUUCACGGCGGAGAUGCAGUUGUCUCCGGAACGAUGCCGUCCGAUGUCUUUAACAGCGUCGGAAAUCAAAGAGGCUUGCUCAGCGAAUUCCGACGAAAUGGAGCUGCUUCACGGCUCCAACAGGUUAUCUUCACCGGAACAUGUUCGUAGAAGAGUCUCUGGGAAUUCUUCUGCGGAAGGUUCGCCUCGAAUUUGUCGGCAGCAGUCGUUCGGUCGCGACAUAGGCCAUGCAGCUGCCGAGACGUAUUUAAUUACUCGGCUUAGCUUCAACCUUCUUGGAUAUCUCGGGGUAGGUUACCGGUGGAUCACAAGAUUACUAGCUCUUGCUUGUUAUGCAAUGCUCCUUAUGCCUGGUUUCCUUCAAGUUGCAUAUCUUUAUUUUUUCUCAUCUCAAGUCAGGAGGAGUAUAGUUUAUGGAGGUCAUCCAAGGAAUAGGCUGGAUUUGUACUUACCGCCAACUAAUGAUGGCCUGAAGCCGGUUGUUGUUUUCGUGACUGGUGGAGCUUGGAUUAUUGGUUACAAAGCUUGGGGUUCUCUCUUGGGGCUGCAGCUAGCAGAAAGGGACAUAAUUGUGGCAUGUCUAGAUUACAGAAACUUUCCUCAGGGCACAAUUAGUGAUAUGGUAAGUGAUGCCGCGCAAGGAAUCUCAUUUGUCUGCAAUAACAUCUCUGCAUUUGGAGGUGAUCCUAACAGAAUCUAUUUGAUGGGGCAAUCAGCUGGUGCACAUAUCUCUUCUUGUGCUCUCUUUGAGCAAGCUAUUAAAGAAUCAAGACGGGAGAGCAUCUCAUGGAGUGUAUCUCAGAUAAAAGCUUACUUUGGUUUAUCUGGAGGGUACAAUCUCUUCAAUCUGGUUGAACACUUCCACAACCGGGGCUUGUAUCGUUCAAUUUUCCUAAGCAUAAUGGAAGGAGAAGAGUCCUUUGAACAAUUCUCUCCUGAAGUGAGAUUGAAAGACCUGAGUGUAAGAAAAGCUGCAGCCCUCUUACCUUAUAUUACACUCUUUCAUGGAUCCGCAGAUUAUUCAAUUCCACCUGAAGCAAGCAAAACUUUUACAGAUGCUCUUCGAGCUGCUGAAGUGAAAGCUGAGCUAGUUAUGUACAAGGGUAAAACUCAUACCGAUCUAUUUCUUCAGGAUCCUCUGAGAGGCGGUAAAGAUGAGCUAUUUGAUCAUAUAGUCUCUAUGAUACACGCCGAUGACAGUUACGCAUUGAGAAAUGAUGCUGUUGCGCCACCGAGAAAACGGCUUGUUCCAGAGUUCUUGCUGAAACUGGCCGGCAAGGUCAGCCCUUUUUGAAUAGAAAAACUAAAUCUUCGAUACGGUUCUGGUAGCUUCUUGAUAUUCGAUGUAUUUGUUGUUGUUUGUUGUUCUGUGUUUUCUUCUUCUUCGAUUUGUAUAUUUUGAUAGCAACUCUCACAUGUUGAUGUGAUUGAAGGCUAAGUCUCUUUUCAUCGGUAAAUAUAUCUAGAGCUCAAAAUAAAUGGAUUUCAUCCAUCCACUGA